AUGGCGGCUCAGAAGAUAAAUGAGGGGCUGGAGCACAUCGCCAAAGCUGAGAAAUACCUGAAAACUGGUUUAUUAAAGUGGAAGCCAGAUUAUGACAGUGCUGCUUCUGAAUAUGGAAAAGCAGCUCUUGCUUUUAAAAAUGCCAAACAGUUUGACCAAGCAAAAGAUGCCUGCCUGAGAGAAGCUGUGGCCCAUGAGAAUAACAGGGCUCUUUUUCAUGCUGCCAAAGCUUAUGAGCAAGCUGGCAUGAUGUUGAAGGAGAUGCAGCAGCUCCCACAGGCUGUCCAGCUGAUUGAGAAGGCCAGCAUGAUGUACCUGGAAAACGGCACCCCCGACACAGCAGCCAUGGCCUUGGAGCGAGCCGGAAAGCUUAUAGAAAAUGUAAAUCCAGAAAAGGCUGUACAGUUAUACCAACAGACAGCUAAUGUGUUUGAAAAUGAGGAACGUUUACGACAGGCAGUUGAAUUACUAGGAAAAGCCUCCAGACUGCUAGUACGAGGACGCAGGUUUGAUGAGGCGGCACUCUCUAUUCAGAAAGAAAAAAAUAUCUAUAAGGAAAUUGAGAAUUAUCCAACUUGUUAUAAGAAAACAAUUGCUCAAGUCUUAGUUCACCUUCACAGAAAUGACUACGUGGCUGCAGAAAGAUGUGUCAGGGAGAGCUACAGCAUUCCAGGGUUCAAUGGGAGUGAAGACUGUGCUGCACUGGAACAGCUGCUUGAGGGAUAUGACCAGCAAGACCAAGAUCAAGUGUCAGAGGUCUGCAACUCACCCCUCUUCAAGUACAUGGACAAUGAUUACGCUAAGCUGGGCCUGAGUUUGGUGGUCCCUGGAGGAGGAAUCAAGAAGAAAGCUGCAGCAGCACCGGAGGCCACGCCUGAAGGCACCCCUGCUCCCACUGCCGCCGCCGAGGAGGAGGAUGAAUAUGCGGGGGGGCUGUGCUAG